AGUUCCAGGAAGUUCCUGGCGAGGAACGCGAUUUUUGGUAAUUAGCAGUAAAUAAAUGCAUUAAUUUACAACAUAGCAUACCAACAUGUGUAUGUAGGCUAUAUCAGUGUAAAAGUACAAUUCGCUCAUAUUUGAGGAUUAGUGUGAGCAGAUAGCAUCACCCGCCUUGUUGUUGACAUAUUUUAGGAUAAUGCAGCCAAGCCACGUGAAGCCUAAUAGUAGCCUAAUAUUCUAUUUUAUGGCUCUGGCCUAACGUUACCUUGAUGUGUCUGUGUCCUUUCCUCCAUGUUGUAUCUGCAUAGUGUCCAGCAUGGUUUGCUGUGCUGCGUGGGGGUGCUCCAAUCGCUCAGAGCAAGGAGUACGCAUGUACGGUUUCCCCAAGGACACAGAGAGGAGGGCGAAAUGGUUGACUAAAACCAGCAGGAGCAACCUUCCUGUGACUAAAGAUUACAACAACACAAAAAUAUGUGAGGCACAUUUUGAGGAAGACCAGUUUCUCAAGACCCGGAAGGGCAAGACCAAGCUGAGACCUGAUGCUGUUCCCACCAUCUUUCUGCAUCUCCCCUUUGAACAGAGGUCUCCAGCACCUCAAUGCACCGUUAAACCUGUCAAAAGAAUGUCCAUAGCUGAUGAGCACAGCUAUAGUGUUAAAGUUCCAAGGAUUGAGGAAAGAAGGGAUGAGGAGACAGUGAGAAGGAAAGGUGAAAGUGAAGUAAUAGAGGACUUGACCAGUGAGGCAUCACUGCUCCUCCCCUGUUCAGCACCAUCUCCUCCCACAGUCCUCCAACAGCCCUCUCCCGAUGUCAUCAGUCCAAAAUCACCUGAGCUGCAACACAAUAUUGACAGAUGUGCAUCCACAUAUUUUGAAACCUGCUUCUCAAGCUAUACAUCUUGUAACACACCAACAAUGGAAGACAAUCAAAGUCAUCUGAGCGGGAAUACUGUUGUUAUUGAGGCCGAUUUGAGGGAUGACAGCUUUACAAAGCUUGUUGGAGAUUUCUUGGGACCUCAGUCUGGGGAGGACCUGGGCUUGGAUGAGCAGCCAUGCAAGAACAGACUUUUGAUUCAAGUUGGACUAAUGAGGGAAGACAACCAGCUCUCCUGGGCGGCAGUUGUAGAAUGGCUUCAGAAGAUUUUUCCAAUGCAUCAGUCUGCAGAUUUCCAUGCUCUGAUUGAAAGAGGCAUUGCAACAACCUUGAGUUUAGGCACUGAAGCAAGAUUAACCUUCCUUGAAUCAAAUGUUAACUUUGACUUUGUUGGCCCAAUAUGUGACAGUAUCGGAGUAGGGAGAGCAGACCUGUUGGAGAUGAAGGAUUUUUCUGAGAGAGCAUCAUCUGUUGAGAUUACGAAUGGGUUGAUUCUUGAGUUAAGUAACUUUGUCAUCAGGGAAAAAGUUGACUCCUUAAUGUUGGUAUCUUGGCUUCGGAUUUUCAAUCCACUGUUCUGUAGGAAUGGUAAUGUUCAGAAAGCAAACAAAGUACUUAAGCCAAAAUUGAAAGAAAUCAGGCUUCAAUAUCGAAACUACAAUACUAACAGAAACAGGAGGAAUGCCAUGAUGGGAGAUUUCCUCCAAAGUCCUUUUGAACUUGUUUCACAUGACAACGGUGCAGAUAGCUUAAGUCAAAGAUUUGGUAUGAAUAAACGCAUGAAGAAAGACCUUUUGUCAACACACAAGAGAAAGGAGCCAGAAGUCAAAAUCAUUAAAGAGGAAAGUGAGUGCAUUGACAUACAACCCAUGGUCCAAGUCAAAGAGGAAGAGGAUCUUUCCAGUGAUGAAGAACCCCAUGUGGUGCAAAACUCACUUGACCAGGUUGAGAAUCCAGAUGAAGGCAAAGGAGAAGCCUUAACACUGCUGGACAUAGCUAUGCUCUCUGUCCAAAAGCUAACAAGUGUUUAUGGUGGGAAAACUGAUGCUUCGAAGCAAGUUUCCCUGGAUCUUCUCAAGAACCAGUAUAAUCUAACUUGUAAAGAAAACACAGCCAUGAAACAAUUUGAAGACAAAAUCACAGAGCUUAAAGAUUAUCACUCGCUAAUCUCUCCCUUACAUUUCCUACACUACAAUGCCCAUUUUCUUGUUGACUUGCAUGAUGCAAUUGAGAAAGAGCUGAUGAGUUUUGAAAACAGGAUAACUCGCUCCACAGGAGAGAAGCUAGGGCGUGACAGGAAUGCAAAAUUCAAGAGAUUUGUGAGCUUCUCUGAGAGUGCCACGUCUCGAUACGUCCACAUGGCCUGUGACGUGUUGAGCCCUCGAGCUCCUGUCAAGCAGAACUACAGACGACACUGGAUCGCCUUCUGUGAAGAGAAAAACAACCCCUCACAACUUGCUGUCAACCGAUCAAAUCGGUUCAACAACUACUUUGAAGCAGCAGCGGGUCUCAUUCACCAUCACGGAGAAAUUUCCCUUUUCUUCUCUGAUCUGCUGUUGCUUGACAAUGACGACUGCCCCAACGUCGUUCUGGAGAGUGUUGCAGAGGAUGCUAAUGAUGAGGUCAUACAAGCCUUUGUAUGUGUACUCGCGAUCAUCUACCUGAAGAUCCUUGGGCCUUACUGGCAGCUGCUGAAGAGUAAAGCAGAGUACUCCCUUUUCAGCCAGUACAUUCUCUGCCUCUACCAGAAGCUCCUGGAGUGGUCCAAGGAUCCUUCUCCACUUCUGGAGCCAGAGACCAUUGCUAACGUGUUCCUCCAGGUUCCUCUGCAAGAGAAGUCCUUUGAUGAGGUGUUCACAUUCUGUGGAUUCAACUCAGAAAAUGUUCACCUGGACCUGAUACGGAGUUGUCUCCAGAAGAUGGUGAGAGUGAUCGCUGCUGUCACUGAAGAGAACCUCAGAGAGUUUUUGCCUGGAGGUGAAUAUUGCCAAAAGCCCUCUAUGGAGCUCUCCUCCAUGCUGACCACCUGCACAUUCUACACCUUGAUGGGUGAGUACCCCUUCGGUCAUGCUUAUCCAUAUAAAAGGAAAAGACCGGACAAGAUCACCAAUCUGCAGUCAAGUAGCUGUUAUGAAGAUGACAAGGACAGCCCUUGUUCUUCAGAAGAUGAGUUUCCCAGUAUAUAUGCCGGGGCCCAAAGAAUACAGAAGGGUAACCCUUUGGUGAGUUCCCCUCCCACCAAAAGACCGCGUGGCAAAGUCAUAGGCAUCUGGAAAGCCAAAAGAAAUGAUCUGGCCCAUAGGAAAAACCUGAGUACUGGAGAGGGUUCCGUUGGAAGCCAAAUCUUGGCAGCUGUGGAGAAAAAUGGAGGACCUUGCAAAACCAAACAAGAUGUUGACAGACUACUGUCAACACUGGAGGGAACAAGACUUUUUCAGAAACGGGAGGCAAUACGUUGCCAAAUCGGUUAUCAAAAAUGUGUUGUUGGCUGCAGAGACCCCAGCUUGCAUCUUGUGAACUUUUCCCUCUCAAACAUGAUCUCCAAACUGAAAAAUGUGCUGCCUGACGAGGGUGUGAAUCAAGCUGAUGCUUCAGACCAAGCGGAGAGUUACGGGGAUUCAAAUGAGAGGCAGAGUGUUGAGACAUCCAUAACCACAGAUGGUCUCUAAAGUCGGUCCAUCUUUUAACAAAAAAUGUAAAUGUAACUUUUAUACGUUAAUCUCGAUUAUCUGUAACCUGUAAAUUGUGAAGAAAUGGGAUUUCAUAAUUGAUCAGAUAAUUAAAGAACUUUUCUUUACUUGACUUGUUACUCACUGGAAACCAUCACCCAGGAUAGGCUUGUGUACUGUAUAGAUACUGAGGAGAAAAGGCAUAGGCCACACUGAAAAGGCUACAA